AUGGCGCUCGAGGUCCUCUCUGAAAGGCCGCAGUUGGAAGCCUUCACUGCCCUCGAGGAGCACCAAAGCCAGACUCCUGGCACUUUCUUCGGUGGAAAGCCAGUCCUCCACUGCAAGCAUGCAGGCGUCACCCUCCAGAUCCCGCAGAACCAGCUCCAGUCGCAUGCAGCUAUCGCCAAGCUUCAGCCUACUGCGGUAGUGGAUGGUCCUACUACGUCUCAGCUUGCUACCAUCUCCAAUGUCGAAAUUUGGGUCACUUCCGAACGUUUCGUCCUCUUCCAAUUGGAGCCGUCCAAUACGGGUGUCUCGAUCCCGUACCCCUCCAUCGCUCUCCACGCCAUCUCGCGCUUCAAAGGUCCGCAGUACACAUCAUCAGAGGUCGGUCUAGAAGCCUUGUACAUGGAGCUGAGCCUGAACGACACUGAGCUUGUAAACGCCGAGGACGAGAUCGAGGUACUGGAGGUCACAGUGCUCCCGCCGAACUACGCCUCUGUUACCGAAUCUACGACUCCCUACAUCAAGGAGCUCUUCGCUGCGAUGAACACUUGCUCGGACCUGCAUCCAGAUCCAGCGUCUCCAGAUUCAGAUGAGGAGGACGAAGGAGAAGAUACCGCACCUGGCGCUGGCGGCUGGAUCACGUCUGAGAACAUGGACCAAUACUUUGAUGAGGCCGGGAACUUCAUCGGAGGUGGAACGCUGGGUGAUGCGGACGGCAACAUCUUUGGAAGACGCGGUAACCUGGGUGCCGGUGCGGGCACGGUGAGGACAAGAGAAGAGGAUGACGAGGCCGCACACGGGAGCAAUGGCGUGGACGGAACCAACGGCGAGGAUGAGACAAAGUGGCGCCGGACGGAAUGA